ACAAACAAACUUCAGCCUCUAUUGGCGCAUGGAGCCCUCCACCAGCGCCGAGGCGGCUGCAGCCGCUGCCGGCGGCGGUCCGGAUCCGCGUUUGGAGUUGAUGGGUUCGUUUGUCAUCAAAUCGCUUAAAUUGAAACCCGAGAAGUGGACACGAGUUAUCACAGUGGAGGAACAUAAGGGGAUUAUCAAAGAGUUUCUUGAUCGCCCAACUCCAGUUGUCUUGAUUAUAAUCCUGACACAAGCUGCCCAACUGGUGCCAUCGACCACAUUUCCCCUGUCGCAGCUAAAGAGCAAGGGUGUGUAUUUUAUAAAGCGCUAUGCUGAGCCCGUUCCACGUGAGGAUUGUGGAAAUUAUAUAAUCUAUGGUGACUUGGCUACACGCACCAUUGACCAGCUAUCGGCUCUAGUUGAGGAAGUACUGGUGCCUCUUCUCUCCAAUGAGGAUAACUAUCGCACUUGGCCUAUUAUGGUGGCCCAGGAUGUGCAGAAACAUGUGCAUAGUCUGAAAAGUACAGUGCAUCAGGUCAAGGGACAGGUUAGUGGUGAAACCAUUUUGGCCAUGCCCGUGGGUGUGGAGAAGAUUGUAAAGGCCGCCAAGGAGCUGGUCGAGACGGAGCAUUGUCAAUUUGACUUGUAUCUCAAGAGUGCCAUCGAGGGUGUGGUUAUUAAAUGGGCCACCCAGAUUCAUGAGGUCAUCAAGGAAAGCCCCUCAAAUGCCUUUGCCAAUGGACAGAAUCCUACGCCCCAUACAGAAUUUACAUUUUGGAAUAAUCGUCUGAAGAACUUGUCAUUUAUCUACGACCAAUUGCGUAAUGAGCGCAUUCGAGCCAUGGCCCUUAUACUCGAAUACUCGGCAAGCGCCUACCAUCCAUGCUUUCAAACGCUCUUCAAGAAUGUAGUCACAGCUCUUGCCGAAGCAAAGGACAUAACACUCUAUUUGAAUCCAUUGAAGCGACCGCUUAAUCACCUGGAGGAGAUUGAUUUUGCCGAAUGUAAACCCCUACUCAUUCCCUUUAUGAAUAUUGUCUGUACACUGUGGGGCAACUCGCGAUACUAUUGCCAGUCGUCGAAAAUCACAGUGCUAUUGCAGGAGAUAUGCAAUUUGAUAAUACAACAGGCGAAAAGAUAUUUGGAUCCAUCAUCAAUAUUUCAUAGUGAUAUUGAUGAGGCUAUGCAACGUCUGACAUUGUCCAUACAGAUAUUAAAAUUCUUUCGAGAGUUAUUCGAUUAUUAUAAGGAACGCUUGGGGACCUUCUUUAGGGAGCCUGAAGAACGACCACCGAUUUUCUGGACUUUUCAUCCAAAUUCAGUUUUCAAACGCUUUAAUGCUUUUCUAGAGCGUCUAACAACCAUUCAAUGGUUUUUCUUUACUGUGAUUGAAUUCCUGAAAUUAGAGAAAGUUGAAAUCGGAGGACUACGUGGUCGUCAGCUAAGCACACGUAUUACGGAUGUCUAUGUGGAGUUUAAUCAAUAUUUCACGGCUUUCGCUUCCAAAAGUUAUGAUGUCCUCGAUCCCGAUGACCAUGAGUUCGAUGAGGACUUUAAGGGAUUUCAGACACGCAUUCUUGAAUUAGACAUGAAGCUAGCUGCCAUUUUGUGUCAGGCUUUUGAUGAUUGCCAUAAUUUGGAGAGCAUUUUUAAGCUUAUAAGCAUAGUGGGCAGUGUAUUGGAUCGUCCUAAAAUUAAAGAAGAGUUUACUCAACGAUAUGCAGAAAUCGUACGCAUGUUGGACGAAGAGAUGACCAUGUGUGAAACCAUCUAUGAAAAACAAAUAGAAUCAAGUCGUGACGGUGAGAAUCUAUAUCCGGACUAUAAUUGUCCGCCGGUGGCUGCCUUUAUACGUUGGUGUCAUCAACUGGAGAUACGAAUCACAGCACCUAUUAAGAAUUUUAAGGCACUGCAGCAUGAAAUCACCAAGACGGAAAAAUCAUUGGAAAUUGUUGUACGUUAUGACGAUUUAAUGGUGAAACUGGGAGCUUGUAAGACUCAGUAUUUUAAUAACUGGUCUGCCCAAUUGGCCGGUCAAAUAGAGGAGAAUCUAAAGAAAUCACUAAUAGCUCGCGAUGGUCAUAGUAAUUCAUUGAUACUUAACUUUAGUACGGCUUUAUUUUCAAUUCUAAGGGAAGUUCAUUAUAUGCAACAAAUGAAAAUUGAUGGCAUUCCCGAAAUUGCUAUUGAAUUUGCCGAGAAGAGUGAUAUAUUUCGCUCGUAUACCCUAAAUCUAGAGAAGACCAUUGAUUGGUAUAACAGCAUUCAGGAGGGCAGUUCACCAGUGGAACUUAGGCUCAUUGAGCCCGAGAUUAAGAUGAUUGAUGGCCUGGUUAAAAUUGGUGUGGAGCAACUUGUAUGGAAUUCAUCAGAUAUUAUGAGCUAUCUGGAUAAGCUGCGUCAACCCGUGGCUGCCUUACAAAAUCGUAUGGAUCAUACUCAAGGAAAUCUGAGACAAAUACGUAAAAUUAUGGGCGUCUGGGCGAAGCAACCAUUAUUUGAGCGUCGCGAUUGUAAGAAGGAUACAGUCCUUUCCAUUGACGAACGUCCAGAUCGUACGGCAAAACGUUAUGCUGAGAUACAGGCAGCUUCUACGGAAAUUCAUAAACUACUCAAUGACAAUAUGCUGCAAUUCGAUAUGGAGCAGAAGCAAAAUGAUGCCGUCUGGCUAAGCUAUGUGGAUUUUGUCGACAAUAUUGUAUAUGAAAAUAUAUUGCAUACAGUUGGCGUUAGUGUCGGCUAUUUGGCGGAAAAUAUGGAUCCGGAUAAUAAUUACGCUCCGUUAUUUGAGUCACGUUUGGAAUUGGUGGAACCAAAUUUGGUAUUUGUACCGUCCCUGGAACCAGACGAUCCCAUGGGUUUCAAUAAUAUGCUAAUUGAACUUAUGCGAGAUAUCAUGAAGAUGGGUUCCUUAAUUAAGCGACUCAAGCCCAACGAGAAACGGAAUUAUGUGGAAAUGAUUAAGGAAAAUCAAGACAUUAUCGAUAUGCGACGAGAGAUACUCAAUGGCGUGGAUUUGGUAAUGGAAGAAGCUUCACGCUUUUGUCGCCAAUUCGAGCGUUACUCAUAUCUCUGGCUAGAUGAUCGUGAAGAAUGCAUGGAGUAUUUUCUCGAAUACGGACGUAUGUUGGACCCAGAUGAAAUUGAUUUAAUACUUAUUAACGAUCCAAAUCAACCGCCGCCUGUCCCCUGUCAGCCGACAAUUGAAGCGUUUCGCGAACAAAUUGAUAACUAUGAAUCGCUAUUCAAUGAGAUUGAAGACAUUGCCCCGUUUCAAAUAUUCAGCGCCUGGUUUCAAGUGGAUGUGAGACCUUUUCGGCAGGCCCUAUUGAAUACGGUUUGCAAAUGGGGAAAUAUGUUCAAAGAACAUUUGGUUACCACGGUUACCUCCAGUCUGAUGAAUCUAUCGAAAUUUAUACGAAAAGCCGAUGAGGGCUUACUGCAAACGGUUAAGGAGAAGGAUUACGAAGGCUUGGUCAGCAUAAUGGCCUAUCUGAUGCAGGUGAAGGAAAGGACAGCGAAAACCGAUGAGAUGUUCGAGCCCAUGCAAGAGACCAUACAAUUACUUAAAUACUAUGACAUGGAUAUACCAGAGGAAGUGAAUGUUCUGUUACAGGAACUGCCCGAACAAUGGGCAAAUACGAAAAAAAUUGCCAGUACAGUGAAGCAACAGGUGUCUCCUCUGCAGGCCACUGAAGUGGUUAGCAUUCGGAAUAAGAUUGCCUUGUUCGAGACGCAUAUUCAACUGUUUCGAGAGGUUUUCAAACACUACGAUUUCUUUCGAUUUGAUUGUUAUAAACCAUAUUUGCUAAUGGAUCGCAUCAAUGAUGAUAUGUUUUUGUGUGAAACUGAAAUGCGAGAUAUUCAGGAAUCUGGUAGCUUAUUUGAGGUUAAUAUACCGGAAUUCAAGGUUCUCAAACAAUGCCGCAAAGAACUGCGCAUGCUAAAGCAACUUUGGGAUUAUGUUAAUAUUGUACAAACUAGCAUCGAUGAUUGGAAGACAACACCGUGGCGUAAAGUCGAUGUGGAGAAUAUGGAUAUUGAAUGCAAGAAAUUUGCCAAGGAUAUACGUCUCUUGGAUAAGGAGAUGAGAGCUUGGGAUACAUUUAUCAAUUUAGAAUCAACUGUCAAGAAUAUGUUGACUUCGCUGCGAGCUGUGGGAGAACUACAGAAUCCAGCCAUCAGAGAGCGUCAUUGGAAUCAACUUAUGAACUCAACCAAGAGUUUGGCCGCCUUGCCUAAAGAAGUUACCGUAAAGUUUAUUAUGGAUCAUGAGACGACAUUGGCUGAACUUUUGGGACUUAAUCUACAUGAAUGCGAGGAGGAAGUGAAAAAUAUUGUGGACAAGGCUGUUAAGGAAAUGUCAAUGGAGAAGAUUUUAAGAGAUUUAAAUACCACUUGGUCGGCUAUGGAAUUUGAUCAUGAGCUGCAUCCACGCACUGGCUGUAAUCUCCUAAAGGCAUCGGAAGAACUCAUAGAGACGCUUGAAGAUAAUCAGGUUUGCCUACAGAAUUUAAUAACAUCCAAGUACAUCGCCCAUUUCCUCGAAGAAGUGUCAACUUGGCAAAAUAAACUGAUGAUCGCCGACCAAGUUAUUUCGGUUUGGUUUGAGGUACAACGCACUUGGACCCAUCUUGAGAGUAUCUUCAUGAGUUCGGAAGACAUACGCAAACAGCUCCCCGUCGACUCGGUUCGGUUCGAUAAUAUUGAUGCUGAGUUUCGCAUCCUGAUGGACGAAAUGUCCGUUUCGUCCAAUGUGGUAGCAUCUACCAAUCGAUCAGGGCUGAUCGAACGUCUGGAGCAUUUGCAAAAGGAGCUUACGCUAUGUGAAAAGGCACUGGCAGAGUACUUGGAAACGAAACGUUUGGCUUUUCCUCGUUUCUACUUUGUGUCAUCGGCCGAUCUGCUGGACGUCCUCAGCAAUGGCAUUCAACCGGAAAUGGUGACCAAGCAUCUGACGAAACUUUUCGAUUCGAUAGCGCGCCUGAAAUUUAAUCGUGACGAUGCCAAUGAAAUUGAGACAGCAUCGGGCAUGUACGCCAAGGAUGGUGAAUAUGUGGAAUUCAAUGAAUUGGCCAGUAUUCGGGGUCCGGUCGAGGUGUGGCUCAAUCGCAUACAGGCCGCCAUGCGUGCCAGUUUAAGACAUUAUGUGACGGAGGCUGUUAUAGCUUACGAGGAAAAGCAACGGGAACAAUGGUUGUUCGAUUAUCCUGCCCAGGUGUCCCUAUGCGGUUCACAAAUCUGGUGGUCAACGGAGGUGAAUAUUGCCUUUGGUCGUUUGGAAGAGGGUUACGAUAAUGCCAUCAAGGAUUAUUACAAGAAACAAAUCUCACAACUCAGUCUACUCAUAACACUUCUGCUGGGCGAGCUUAGCAAAGGCGAUCGUCAGAAAAUAAUGACGAUAUGCACAAUUGAUGUGCAUUCGAGAGAUGUGGUCGCCAAGAUGAUUCAGGCCAAACUGGAUUCGGGUUCAGCAUUUAUGUGGCAGUCCCAGCUAAGACAUCGUUUCGAUGAUGUGGACAAAGAUUGUUUUGCCAAUAUUUGCGACGCUGAGUUCAGGUAUUGCCAUGAAUAUUUAGGAAAUACGCCACGCCUGGUUAUAACGCCGCUCACAGAUCGCUGUUAUAUCACCCUGACACAAUCGCUUCAUCUAGUCAUGGGCGGGGCUCCUGCUGGUCCCGCUGGUACGGGCAAAACGGAGACAACUAAGGAUUUGGGGCGGGCCAUUGGUAUUAUGGUGUAUGUGUUUAAUUGUUCCGAACAAAUGGAUUAUCAAUCGUGUGGCAACAUAUAUAAGGGCCUUGCCCAGACUGGAGCCUGGGGCUGUUUUGAUGAAUUCAAUCGCAUCACAGUGGAAGUUCUUUCCGUGGUGGCUGUACAGGUUAAAUCUGUGCAAGAUGCCAUUCGAGACAAGAAGGAGAAAUUCAAUUUCAUGGGCGAAAUGAUCACCUGUGUCCCCACUGUUGGUGUCUUUAUAACCAUGAAUCCUGGUUAUGCUGGCCGAACUGAGUUACCAGAAAAUCUGAAAGCCCUCUUUCGCCCUUGUGCCAUGGUGGUACCUGAUUUUGAACUCAUCUGUGAGAUUAUGCUGGUGGCAGAAGGAUUUCAGGAUGCCCGUGUAUUGGCGCGCAAAUUCAUUACCCUCUACACACUCUGCAAGGAAUUGCUAUCUAAACAGGAUCACUACGAUUGGGGUCUAAGGGCCAUUAAGUCUGUACUUGUAGUCGCUGGAUCUCUUAAGCGCGGAGAUCCUGGUCGUCCGGAAGAAGAGGUUCUUAUGCGUGCCUUGCGUGACUUUAAUAUACCGAAAAUUAUCACCGAUGACAUGCCGGUGUUUAUGGGGCUCAUCAGCGAUCUAUUUCCCGCUUUAGAUGUGCCGCGCAAACGUGAUCAGGACUUUGAACGCACCGUAAAACAAGCUGCCUCCGAUUUGCUACUACAACCAGAAGAUAAUUUUAUUUUGAAAGUGGUGCAACUGGAGGAACUGUUGGAGGUACGUCACUCCGUGUUCAUUGUUGGCAACGCGGGCACUGGCAAAACACAAGUGUGGAAGACGCUGCUGCGCACCUAUCAGAAUAUCAAACGGAAGCCUAUAUUCAAUGACUUGAAUCCAAAAGCGGUGACCAAUGAUGAACUCUUCGGCAUUAUCAACCCGGCGACACGCGAAUGGAAAGACGGGCUGUUCUCGGUAUUAAUGCGGGAUCAGGCAAACCUGACAAACGAUCAACCGAAAUGGAUAGUGCUCGAUGGUGAUAUCGAUCCCAUGUGGAUUGAAAGUCUAAAUACCGUUAUGGAUGAUAAUAAAGUAUUAACAUUGGCUAGCAAUGAGCGCAUUGCGUUGACACCUUCGAUGCGUUUGCUAUUCGAGAUCUCGAACCUGAGAACAGCCACACCGGCAACCGUAUCCAGGGCUGGCAUAUUGUACAUAAAUCCCCAGGACUUGGGUUGGAAUCCCUAUGUAACCAGUUGGGUUGAAACGCGCAAAAUUCCUGCCGAAAAGUCCAAUUUGGUCAUGUUAUUCGACAAGUACAUUCCGCCUUCACUGGAGACGAUACGCGUGCGUUUCAAAAAAAUCACGCCUGUCCCGGAGAUGGCACAUAUACAAAUGUUGUGCCAUCUGCUCAACAGUUUUCUAAUACCAGCAAACACUCCAGCCGAUUGUCCCAAAGAAUGGCACGAGUUAUAUUUUGUUUUUGCCUGUAUUUGGGCGUUCGGUUCGGCUAUGUUUCAGGAUCAAGCCAUUGAUUAUCGUGUCGAAUUCAGCAAAUGGUGGGUAAAUGAGUUCAAAACUGUUAAGUUUCCGCCAGGCGGAACAGUUUUCGAUUACUUUCUGGAUAGCGAGACAAAGACAUUUUUACCCUGGACCGAGAAGAUACCCAAAUUUGAACUGGAUGGCGAUCUACCGUUGCAGGCUGUUAUAGUGCACACCUCUGAGUCGAUACGCCUGCGUUACUUUCUAGAUCUCCUAAUGGAUAAGAAGCACCCGGUGAUGCUAGUUGGAAAUGCUGGCUGUGGCAAAACCGUACUGGUCAACGAGAAGCUUCAAUCGCUUUCUGAGAAUUACGCUGUCACUGCAAUACCAUUCAAUUUCUAUACAACGUCCGAGAUGUUGCAAAAGAUACUUGAGAAACCGCUGGAAAAGAAAGCGGGACGCAACUACGGACCGCCCGGUAAUAAGUUACUCUGCUAUUUUGUCGACGAUAUCAAUAUGCCUGAAGUGGAUUGCUAUGGAACAGUACAGCCCCAUACACUGAUGCGUCAACAUUUGGACUAUGGUCAUUGGUAUGAUCGCAAUAAAUUGACUCUAAAGGAUAUACACAAUUGUCAGUAUGUGGCAUGCAUGAAUCCAACCUCGGGAAGCUUUACAGUAAAUCCACGCUUACAGCGACAUUUUUGUGUACUAGCUGUAAGUUUUCCAGGACCGGAAUCAAUUACCCAUAUGUACUCAUCGAUAUUGGCCCAACAUUUUGCCAAUGCCGAACAGAAAUUUAAUCCAAUUGUGACGCGAAUGACACCGAAUAUUGUUGCGGCCACUUUAGCCCUGCACAAUAAGUGUCUACAAGUAUUCCUGCCUACGGCAAUUAAAUCGCAUUAUAUAUUUAAUCUUCGGGAUAUCAGUAAUGUGUUCCAGGGCUUACUGUUCAGUUCAACGGAGUGCUUAACGGGCUCAACAGAUCUUAUACGUUUGUGGCAACAUGAGACACAACGCGUUUACUCCGAUAAGCUAACUGACGAUAAGGAUAUCGAUAGCUUUAUCAAAAUGCAGCAUGACAUUGUCAAGAAGUCAUUCGAAGAAAUUGACGAAUCCGUUAUAUUCGACAAGCCGAAUAUUUACUGUCAUUUCGCUGGAGGAAUUGGUGAUCCUAAGUACAUGCCCAUCAAGGGUUGGCCUGAGCUUCACAAACUCCUUCAGGAAGCAAUGUCAUCGUAUAAUGAUCUAGUCGCUGCCAUGAAUCUGGUGUUGUUCGAGGAUGCGAUGAUGCAUGUUUGCAGAAUCAAUCGCAUUUUAGAAUCACCGCGUGGCAGCGCUUUAUUGGUUGGUGUUGGUGGCAGUGGCAAACAGUCUCUAGCGCGCUUGGCAGCAUUCAUAUCCAGCUUGGAGGUCGUGCAGAUUCAGCUGAAGAAGGGCUAUGGAGUUAACGAUCUGAAGAACGAAUUUUCUGGAUUGUAUCUGAAAGCGGGUCUUAAAAAUGUCGGUAUUAUGUUUCUGAUGACGGAUGCCCAAAUACCCAGCGAGGAUUUUCUUGUCCUAAUUAAUGAUAUGUUAGCCACUGGCGAGAUUCCAGAUCUAUUUCCGGACGACGAAAUCGAGAAUAUCAUCGCUGGAGUGCGCAAUGAGGUCAAAGGUGCGGGACUGGUUGAUACGCGGGAAAACUGUUGGAAAUUCUUCAUCGAUCGUGUGCGCAAACAGCUCAAAAUAGUUCUGUGCUUUUCACCAGUGGGUUCAACAUUGCGUGUUCGGUCGAGAAAAUUCCCUGCCAUCAUCAAUGCAACGUCCAUCAAUUGGUUCCACGAAUGGCCUCAAGAAGCGCUUAUUUCCGUCGCCAUGAAUUUCUUGGCCCAGAAUGUGGUUCUGCCCGAGACUCAUCGCGAUUCGGUGGCCAAAUUUAUGGCCUAUGUCCAUACAUCUGUGAACACGACAUCCAAAGUAUAUUUACAAAAUGAGCGUAGAUACAAUUAUACAACACCAAAGAGUUAUCUUGAGCAGAUAAAUCUAUAUCUCAAGCUGCUUAAUCAUAAGCACAAUGAUCUGCAAAGCAAAAUAGAACGUCUAGAGAAUGGUCUAGAGAAAUUACGUUCCACAGCUUUGCAAGUGGCUGACUUGAAGGUCAAAUUGGCCGUUCAAGAGGUAGAGCUAAAGGAGAAAAAUGAAGCAGCCGAUGCUCUAAUCGAAAUUGUAGGCAUUGAAACGGAGAAAGUGCAAAGAGAGAAAGCCGUAGCUGAUGAGGAGGAAAUGAAGGUUGCUUUGAUAGCCGACGAAGUGACCAAAAAACAACGUGACUGCGAGGAAGAUCUGCUAAAGGCAGAGCCAGCCCUAUUGGCCGCCCAAGAGGCUCUAAAUACCCUGAAUAAGGCUAACUUGACCGAGCUAAAGAGUUUCGGUUCGCCUCCGGGAGCUGUUACGAAUGUAACGGCUGCUGUAAUGGUUCUACUAUCACCUGGAGGCAAACUGCCCAAAGAUCGCAGCUGGAAGGCAGCUAAAAUUGCAAUGGCAAAGGUUGAUACAUUUUUGGAUUCACUCAUCAACUAUGACAAGGAGAAUAUACAUCCAGAAAUAACCAAAGCUAUACAGCCUUAUCUCAAGGAUCCCGAAUUCGAGCCAGAAUUCGUACGUUCCAAGUCAGGAGCUGCAGCUGGCCUGUGUGCUUGGGUUAUCAAUAUCGUAAAGUUCUAUGAAGUAUAUUGUGAUGUCGAGCCAAAACGUAAGGCUCUGGCAGCUGCCAAUGCUGAGCUGGCUGCCGCCCAAGACAAAUUAGCGGGCAUUAAACGCAAAGUGGCGGGUCUCGAGGAACAACUGGCUAAGCUAACGGCCGAUUUUGAGAAAGCCACAGCAGAUAAAUUACGCUGCCAACAGGAAGCGGAUGCCACUCAGGCCACUAUAGCAUUGGCUAACCGCCUAGUUGGUGGUUUGGCCAGUGAAAAUGUACGCUGGGCUGAAGCAGUCAAUAACUUCGUCAAGCAGGGUAUUACUUUACCCGGCGAUAUACUACUCAUUACCGCCUUCAUUUCCUAUGUUGGCUGUUUCACGAAGGGUUUUCGCAUCGAUCUACUAAUGAAGAUGUGGACACCCUUUCUGAAAAGCAUUGACCCACCCAUACCUACAACUGAAAAUUUAGAUCCAUUAUCGUUGCUAACAGACGAUACAACGAUAGCCAUAUGGACAAAUGAGGGACUGCCCAGUGACCGCAUGUCCAUUGAGAAUGCCACGAUUCUCUCAAAUUCUGACCGCUGGCCCCUGAUGAUAGAUCCGCAAUUGCAGGGCGUCAAGUGGAUAAAACAAAAAUAUGGUGAAGAGCUUAAGGUGAUACGUUUGGGUCAACGUAGCUACUUGGAUAUUAUAGAGAAGUCAAUUAAUGCGGGUAGCACAGUCUUAAUUGAGAACAUCGAUGAGAAUUUGGACCCAGUUUUGGAUUCUCUACUUGGCCGAAAUCUAAUCAAGAAGGGCAAGGCCAUCAAAAUCGGAGAUAAAGAAAUCGAGUACAACUCUAACUUCCGUCUGAUUCUUCACACAAAACUUGCUAAUCCCCACUAUAAACCCGAAAUGCAGGCACAGACCACACUUAUUAAUUUUACCGUUACACGUGAUGGCUUAGAGGAUCAAUUGCUGGCCGAAGUGGUGAAGGCCGAACGACCCGAUCUGGAGGAGUUAAAGGCUGAAUUAACAAAACAACAAAACGAUUUUAAAAUUAUGCUAAAGAAACUAGAGGAUGAUUUGCUUUCUCGUUUAUCGUCAGCUGGCGAGAAUAUUUUAGGUGACACCGCUUUAGUUGAGAAUCUGGAGACGACCAAAAGCACGGCAUCGGAAAUUGAACAAAAGGUGGCUGAGGCAAAGAUUACAUCGAAAGAAAUUGACAAGGCUAGAGAAUACUAUCGACCAGCGGCGGCAAGGGCCAGUCUACUCUACUUUAUUCUAAACGAAUUGAACACAAUUAAUCCAAUCUAUCAGUUCUCCCUGAAGGCGUUUAGUGUAGUGUUCCAAAAGGCCAUAGCCAAGGCUGAACCGGGCGAAACAUUGGAUUUGCGUGUCUCCAAUCUGAUCGAUUGUAUAACGUAUUCGGUGUUUCAGUAUACUUCGCGUGGUCUUUUUGAAUGCGACAAGCUUAUCUUUGCAUCACAAAUGACUUUUCAGAUUUUACUUAUGAACGAGGAGAUUACAUCCGCGGAACUCGACUUCUUGCUCCGCUUCCCGAUCAAGCCACAUGUAACAAGUCCUGUGGAUUUUUUAACAAAUCAAUCGUGGGGCGGAAUUUGCAGUCUGGCGUCCAAAGAUGAAUUUCGGAACCUCGAUCGUGAUAUUGAGACCUCGUCGAAGCGUUGGAAGAAACUUGUCGAAUCGGAACUCCCGGAGAAAGAGAAAUUCCCUCAGGAAUGGAAGAAUAAGACAGCCUUGCAACGUUUAUGCAUGAUCAGGGCAUUGAGGCCAGAUCGUAUGACAUAUGCAUUGGCUGAUUUUAUUGAGGAGAAACUUGGAUCCAAAUAUGUGGAGAGUCGGGCUAUGGAGUUUGCCAAAUCCUACGAGGAAGCUAGCCCAUCCACACCAAUCUUUUUCAUACUCUCGCCUGGCGUUAAUCCUUUAAAGGAUGUUGAGGCGUUAGGCAAACAAAUGGGUUUCACCAUGGAUCUAGGGAAUUUUCAUAAUGUAUCUUUGGGACAGGGUCAGGAGGCCAUUGCCGAGGCGGCUAUGGAUACGGCGGCCAAAAAUGGCCAUUGGGUGGUUUUACAGAAUAUCCAUUUGGUGAGAAAGUGGUUGCCUGUUUUGGAAAAGAAACUAGAGUACUAUGCAGAGGAUUCCCAUCCUGAUUAUCGCAUGUUUUUGAGUGCGGAACCAGCUUCAACACCCUCAGCUCACAUAAUACCUCAGGGUAUCUUAGAGUCGUCGAUUAAGAUCACCAACGAACCGCCAACUGGUAUGCUGGCCAAUCUUCACAAAGCUUUGGAUAACUUUACGCAGGAAACUCUGGAAAUGUCUGGCAAAGAAGCCGAAUUUAAGGCCAUACUUUUUUCGCUCUGCUAUUUCCAUGCAGUCGUGGCAGAACGUCGCAAAUUCGGACCACAGGGAUGGAAUAAGAUCUACCCAUUCAAUGUGGGAGAUUUGAAUAUUUCCGUAUCGGUUUUAUACAAUUACUUGGAAAAUAACUCAAAGGUCCCGUUCGAGGAUCUUCGUUAUCUCUUUGGCGAAAUUAUGUAUGGUGGUCACAUAACCGAUGACUGGGACAGACGUUUAUGCAUCACGUAUUUGGAGGAGUAUAUGCAACCGGAUCUGGUAGAUGGGGAACUCUUCUUGGCCCCAUCGUUUCCUGCCCCACCAAACACUGAUUAUCUGGGCUACCACACCUAUGUGGAUGAAGUGUUGCCAGCCGAAUCACCAUAUCUCUAUGGACUGCAUCCGAAUGCAGAGAUUGGUUUCCUAACCACACGGGCGGAAACAAUUUUUCGAACUGUCUUUGAAAUGCAACCCCGUGAUGCCGGAGCUGGCGGUGGGACAACAGUGACACGCGAGGAUAAGGUCAAGCAAAUUGUUGACGAAAUAAUUGAGAAGCUACCGGAGGAAUUUAACAUGAUCGAGAUUAUGAACAAGGUGGAGGAGCGCACACCGUAUGUGAUAGUGGCCUUUCAGGAAUGCGAGCGGAUGAACUUCCUCACCAGCGAAAUGAAGCGCAGCCUGAAGGAAUUGGACUUGGGCCUAAAGGGUGAAUUGACCAUUACAUCGGAUAUGGAAGUUCUGGAAAAUUCACUGUUUUUGGAUCAAGUACCACCGAUUUGGACACAACGUGCGUAUCCCUCGCUCUUGGGUCUCAAUAAUUGGUUUAUUGAUUUAUGUCUCCGCCUGAGGGAGCUGGAAACCUGGUCCACUGACUUUGUGUUACCCUCAUGCGUUUGGUUGGCCGGCUUUUUCAAUCCUCAAUCUUUACUCACAGCUAUUAUGCAAAGCACUGCACGUCGGAACGAUUUACCCCUGGAUAAGAUGUGUCUGCAAUGCGAUGUCACCAAAAAGCAAAAGGAGGAGUUCACAACUGCGCCCCGAGAUGGUUGUUGUGUACAUGGAAUUUUUAUGGAAGGUGCCAGAUGGGAUAUACAGCAGGGUAUAAUAAUGGAAUCCCGACUUAAGGAGCUUUAUCCAUCAAUGCCCGUUAUUAAUAUUCGUGCUAUUACCCAAGAUAAGCAAGACUUGAGAAACAUGUACGAGUGUCCUGUAUAUAAGACUCGAACCCGUGGUCCUACGACAUAUGUUUCGAAUUUGAAUCUAAAGACUAAAGAUAAGCCUGGCAAAUGGAUAUUGGCUGGCGUCGCUUUACUAUUACAAACAUAAAUUAGAUUAAACUGAUUUUGACUUUGAAAACUCUCAAAUUACUUAACUUUAUCUAAUUUUUCAGUAGAAUAACAUUAGUAGUAUUUUGAAAUUUAGUAGAAUGUAUAGUAAAAUGUAAUUUCUUCUUUAAAAUCUAAGCACGUUUCUUUUUCCCAAAAAUAAAUUCACAAAUUUUUGUAGACUUGCCUUAGGCGCACUAGCAUAAAGCAAAUCAAAAAGAAAAAUAUUCAAUAUUUUUGUUUCUGUUGUGAAUGGAAUUUUUCCGCUUAUUAAUUAAAAUCGAUUCAAAAAGUUGUUGUAUACAUACCCAGAAAGAAUUU